AAAUUGCUCCAAGUUUUACUUUUCUGUCACCUCUCUCUGUGAGUGAGUUUGUUCGGUGGCUUCAUUCUGUUAAUGUUGUUUCUAAACUACACCGCACCCGAACUCCGAAAGUGACAUUCUCUUCUGCUAAUUUGCUUCUUCUCCGUUCGGAUGGAGACCUUUGGGUUGCGAGAAAGAUACCGCCGUGACCGUAGAAAGCUCCUCGAUUUCCUUUUGUCUACCGAUUUAAUCAAACAAGUUCAAACUCCUUCCGGUGAUGUCGACUUGUCUGGUGUUGAUUUGGAUACUGUUAGUGCUGAUUAUGUACUCGAAUGCAUGAGAUCAGGUGGAAUACUGGAUAUUGCCGAGGCAACUAAAAAAUACUACGAUGAACUUGGCUACCCGGCAAUGAUUAAUUCUCCAUCAGGAAGUUCGUACCUUCUUAUUUCAGAUCCGAUGUUUUCUGGAUCUCCGCCUCGCCGUGUGCCUCCUCAAAUUGACUUUAAUCCCAGAACUAGUUAUUCGUUAUGCUCACUGAAUCAAUCAGGCCCCUCUGUAGUUGAGGAAAUUAAAAAUUGUGAGGAUGAAAAUGGGGUUAGACGUACUACUGCAGAAAAUACAUCUUGUGAUCCUAGAAAUGAUGCUGUUAUUCCCUCGUUAGGCUUACCAGUCUUGAGUACAGGAUUAUCUGAUGAUGAUUUACGGGAGACAGCCUAUGAGAUAUUUAUUGCUUCUGUGGUCCUCUCUGGGAUUCAUGUGUAUUCUUUCGAGGACAAGAAGAGGGAAAAGAAAUCUAGAAUAUUUGCAAGGCUGAGGAGUAGGAGAGAGAAAGUAAAUUCACAACCCCAGUCAACAAAUGACCAUACUGAGCUGCUUGACAUCAUGCGUGUUCAAAUGCAGAUCUCUGAAGCAAUGAAUACAUUGAUUUGGCAAAGAAUGACAGAAUUCACUUCAAGGACAUGUGAACAUAUUGAUAUUCCUCAAAUUUCAUUGGAGCUCUUAAGUGGCAUUUGCAGAUAUGAUUUUCUUAAUGAGAAGUCAUAUAUACAGUGGAAGAAGAGACAGGCAAACAUUCUUGAAGAAGUUCUAUACCAUUCUGCAAGUUCUAUUACAGCCGAACAUGUAGCUAUUAAAAGUUCCCUUAAGAAAAUUAGAGAUUCUGAGGAAUGGAACAUCCAAACAUACCCUUCGGAAAAUGCAGAGGGUCUGCUGGUCAUUAAAAGGUUUGCCUCUAAGUUGUCAUCUGCUCCUGGAAAAUUUGGUAUUCCAGGUGAAACCUAUUACUGGACAGGUGGCUAUCACUUGAGCCUUAAGCUCUACGAGACAUUACUCUCUAGUGUUUUUGAUAUUCUUGAAGAAGGCCAGUUCAUUGAGGAAGCAGAUGAAGUUCUUACACUUAUCAAAUUGACCUGGUCUACUUUAGGCAUCACUCAGAAGAUGCACCAUCUAUUAUAUGGGUGGGUACUUUCUCAGAAGUUUGUUGAGACAGGUGAGAUUCAGCUCCUACAAUAUGCUACUUCGGAAAUACAGAAAGUUCUCUCCAUUGAGGAUGAUAGAAAGGAAGGGGCAUAUUUGGAUAGCCUUCUUAGUUCAAUUGUGAUUAACAGCAGAAAAUUAGAUCUUAGUUUGCUGGAUGCUGUUUUUGUGUCAAUUAGCAUCUGGUGUGAUAAAAAACUGCAGGACUAUCAUCUGCAUUUUAGUGAGAAACCUAUUUGCUUUGGAAGGGUGGUGACCUUGGUAACGUUAGUUGGAGUACCAACUGCUGAUGAGAGUGGUGAUAUAAAGUUAACUAGUGCUGAUGCUGAAGCUGUUAGUGAAAUGACUUCUAGGCACUUCGAAGGCUAUGUCAAAAAGUCCAUUCAAGCUGCAUAUAGGCGGGCUUUGAAAACCAUAGAUCUCAAAUCUGAAACAGAAAAACGACAUCCUCUGGCUGUGCUUGCUGAUGACCUAAAGAUGAUUGUUGAGAGAGAAUCCAUUGUAUUUAACCCUGUCUUAUUGUGUUGGUGCCCUGCAGCUGGGAUCAUCUCCUCUACUCUAUUGCACCAACUUUAUGGGGACAAACUGAAACCAUUCCUUGAGGGAGUUUCAUUUCUUUCCGAAGAUGUCAGAUCAGUGCUCCCUGCAGCUGACAUGUUAGAACGUGAGCUUACUCAGCUAUAUUAUUGUCCACAUGGAGAAGAUAGAUCUCCGUCACAUGUUACCAAGGAUUUGAAUCGAUAUCAGAUUGGGGAAGUUUCUAGGCCAAUUAUUCUUGAUUGGCUGGAUGCUCAAAAUGAGCGUAUCUUAGAAUGGACAGAACGUGCUUUCCUUAUUGAGGAUUGGGAGCCUUUGUCAUCUCAACAGAGACAAGCUGCAUCAAUAAUUGAAAUUUUUAGGAUUUUGGAGGAGACUGUGGAUCAGUUCUUCAGCUUGAAGAUACCAGUGGAUGUCAUACAUUUGCAAUCUCUACUUUGUGUGAUUUUUCAGAGCUUGGAAACCUAUUUGUUGAAAGUGAUCAAUCAAUCAGUUGAGAAGAAUCACUUGUUUCCUGCUGCCCCUGCUUUGACACGUCAUAAGGAGACUCUGAUUCCGAUUAUCAAGAAGAAGUCAGUUGAUUGUGCGUUUCUGACUGAGGAAGUGCUCAAUAAGUUGAAUAAAUUGUCAAUAUCCAAACUGUGUGUUAUGUUAAACACCCUUCAGUACAUUCAAAGCCAAAUUGGCAUGUUAGAAGAUGGUAUCAGACAAUCUUGGGCGCUUGUUAGACCUUGUUCUGAUAAUAGAUGGAAAAGAGAACAUCUUCAAAGACCUUUGACGGACGGCUUGCUAAGGUGUACUGAAUCAGUUGAUGAACUAUUUUCUAUCUUUAACAACAUUAGGAGAACUAUAGUUGAUGCAAUCAACAAAUUCUGUGACUUCACUGGAGCAAGAGUUGUCUUCUGGGAUCUAAGAGAUACAUUCCUGUUUCUUCUGUAUCGAGGCAAUGUUGAAAGUGCUCGAUUGGAAAGUGUUCUCCCUCAACUUGAUACUGCCCUUGACCAAAUAUGUGCUUUGAUUGCUGAUACUCUUAGGGAUCAGAUUGUUUUGAGUGUUUGCAGAGCAUCACUGGAGGGCUAUGUUUGGGUGUUGUUGGAUGGAGGCCCUUCCCGCGUGUUCUCUGACACUGACAUUCAAAUGCUGCAAGAAGACCUUAACAUGUUGAAGGAUUUUUUUGUAGCAGAUGGGGAAGGUCUUCCCCAAUCAGUGGUCGAGAAAGAAGCAAACUUGGCUCUUCAGAUCAUAAAGUUAUAUUCCCUUGAUACUGAAACUGUAAUUGGCAUGUUGAUGAGUGCGAGUGAACAAAUUUCAACGGGAUUGGAUUGUUCAAAACCUGGCAACAGGCAAUUGGAAGAUGCCCACACACUACUCCGGGUAUUAUGCCAUAAAAAGGACGAAGAAGCCUCCAAAUUUUUGAAAAGGCAAUAUCAACUUCCCAAAUCUUCAGAAUAUGACGACACUCAAUUAAACGAGUCCAGUUCAAUAUCACCUCUCAUAUCAGAUUUAUUUAAAAGAAGUGCAUCAAUACAUUUGACUAGCCAGAGAAGUUUCAAGUCCAUUAAGAAGAAACUCAAAGAAGCCACUUCUGAAAUCAAGCCAGCCGCAUGGUAGACAAUUAUAGUCGUCUCUGGGGCACCUCAAGUUCUUGAUGUAAAUUUGGAUGACCAGAUUGUAGAAGUAAUUUCAAUGUGAAACACUAGUAAUAUGUGAGCAUCAACAAAGUGUAUCUGUUAUUCCAGUUAUUGAAGGU